AGAGAAAAUGUGCGCUUGGGCAAAUAAAGUCAUCAGAGAGCUUUCUGCGCGCCACUGUCCCUGUUGAUAGAGCCAGCCUCGCAAUGAACCAGCCGAGCUCCCCAUGCUCAAGAUUCGCUUUCACAUUUUUGGAGCCCGUCUACUCACCCUGACCAUGAAGAGACAAAACGUGAGGACCCUUGCGCUCAUCAUUUGCACGUUCAUCUACCUGUUAGUCGGUGCGGCUGUCUUCGAUGCCUUAGAAUCUAAGAAGGAGACGACCCAGAAGAAGAAAGUGUACGACAGAAAACAAGAGCUUAGGAACAAAUACAAUCUCACUAAACUCAACUUCGAUGAACUCGAGGAAGUGGUGUUGCAGCUGAAGCCUCAUAAAGCCGGGUUACAGUGGAAAUUCGCUGGAUCAUUUUACUUCGCAAUCACUGUGAUCACGACCAUAGGUUACGGCCAUGCUGCCCCCAGCACAGACGGAGGGAAGGUUUUCUGUAUGCUCUACGCCCUGCUGGGCAUCCCUCUCACCCUGGUCAUGUUCCAGAGUCUGGGCGAGCGCAUCAACACCUUGGUGCGCUAUCUACUGCACCGCCUGAAGAACUGCCUUGGCAUGCGGCGCACCGAGGUCUCCAUGGUCAACAUGGUGGCCAUCGGCUUCAUCUCGUGCAUGAGCACACUGUGCGUGGGUGCGCUCUCCUUCUCCCACUUUGAGGGUUGGAGCUUUUUCCACGCCUUCUACUAUUGCUUCAUCACGCUCACCACCAUCGGCUUCGGAGACUACGUGGCGCUGCAGAAGGACCAGGCGCUGCAGACAAACCCCAAGUACGUGGCCUUCUGCUUCAUGUACAUCCUCACCGGCCUGACCGUGAUUGGCGCCUUCCUCAACCUGGUUGUGCUGCGCUUCAUGACCAUGAACGCGGAGGACGAGAAGCGGGAUGCCGAGCAGCGCGCCCUCCUCUCCCGGAAUGGCCAGGCAGGAGGGCACAACCACCCGGGCUGCGCCCCCGACCCACCUUCCUCCUCCUCGGCCGCCUCAGGGUGCAGUGGGGGAGCUGGAGGAACGGGAGGACCAGGAGGGGGCGGAAACGGUGGUGUGGGGGGAGCGGGGCGGGGGCUGCGUAACGUAUAUGCGGAGGUGCUCCACUUCCAGUCCAUGUGCUCCUGCCUAUGGUACAAGAGCAGGGAGAAGCUGCAGUACUCCAUCCCCAUGAUCAUCCCCAGGGACCUGUCCACCUCUGACACCUACAUGGAGCAGGGGGAGGCCUUUUCCUCCGAUGCCCUCCAUCCCCUUCACUCCAACGGCUGUGUCUACAGCAUGCACCACCCCCAUUCUGUCAUCAGCUCUGUGUCCACGGGCCUGCACAGCCUCACCCCGUACAGACUAGGACACAGCAAGCGGCGCAGCUCCAUCUAGAGGUUUGGAGGACUCCAUGCUUAAAAGAACCAAGCCACACCUCUUGUCUACCACAUGGAAGGACCCUAAUACUGUGGCACUAUUUUCGAUGGACUAAACCAAGAUCUAAAUCAGGGGUGCUCAACUUACAGUCCUCAGGGGAUCCCUGUCCUGGGGUGAUGUGUUUUUGCCUGGCACUUUUAAAUGAUCGAUUAAUGCCACUGAUUUUCCAAAAACAAGAAUAGGCCUCGAAGACCGAAGUUUUGCACCCUUGAACUAUAUCCUUGCUAUAUUUUCAGCAUCCCUUCACCGUUUGCCGUAUUUAAGGUUGAAGUUAUUGAUCUUCACCAUGUGCAGAUUGUUUGAACGAUAAGAUGACACGUUACACUGUGAGAGACAAAUAUUUUUAUGCGAAAUAGAGGGAUUAUGUAUUUUAAGAAACUGUGCAUCAUGAUAAGCCACAUGACUUAACAAAACCUGAUUUUAAGUUUGGUGGGUGAAGUUUGUCUCUUUUUCACAAAGAAGAAAGGGACGUAUUGAAGUGUUACUCCCAAUAAUCAUCCAUUAAAUACAUGUAAAUAUAUUUGUAAUAUGGAUGCUGUAUUUAAGCAAUGGACUUACUAGGGAAGAACCAAUUUUAUUAGUGAAAGUGUUCUAAAAACUAAAUUGGCUCAAGCCAAACACUUUUGAUUUGCUUUAGUUUCUUACUGUAUUUAUCUCUCAAACCUCAAAACCAAUCAUACAUUGUGCUAAGUUUUGUCAUUUUCUUUUUAAUGCUUUUUUCUUGUGUGUAUAAUUGUUUUACUGUAUGUUUGCUAUUCAUCGGUUUUAUGUUUUCAUAAUAGGGUUUUACUCAGAUCAUGUGGGCUCACUUUGUGCAUAGUAGACAGUCUAAUCUUGUUCACUGCUGCACUUUAUAACAUUAUUGUAUGCUUUAGGGCGCUGGAUACCAGUGCAUUACAUGGAAUUGAAGAUCCUAAUUUAUGCUAACUCACCUGAUGUUUUGGUACCUAAAUAAUAUAUUCCUAUGGAUGUCAUGCUCUUAAAUGUUGUCAGAGGGAGAUUUGUUAUUGGUUAGUUUGGCUCGUAGCCCAGCAGGCAAAAGUGGUUACAAUUACAGUACCUUUAGAAUGUAUUCAUACCCCAUGACUUAUUCCACAUUUUGUUACGUUACAGCCUGAAUUCGGUAUAGAUUAAAAAAAAUCUAAAAUAAACAUGUAUCACCUAUCUACACACAAUACCCCAUAAUAACAACGUGAAAACAUGUUUUUAAACAUUUUUGUAAUUGUAUUGAAAGUGAAAUACAGGAAUAUCUAAUUUACAUAAGUAUUGAUACCGCUUUGCUAUGACACUCCAAAUUGAGCUCAGGUGCAUCCAAUUUUCUUUGGUCAUCCUAGAGAUGUCGCUACAACUUGAUUGGAGUCCACCUGUGGCCAACUGAAUUGUUUGGACAUUAUUUAGAAAGAAAUACACCUGUCUGUAAGGUCCCACAGUUGACAAUGCAUGUCAGAGCGGAAACUAUACCAUGAAGUCCAAUGAACUGUCCAUAGAUCUUUGAGAUAUAAUUGUGAUGAGGCAUAUGUCUGGGAAGGGUAUAAAACCAUUUCUAGAGUGUUGAACGUUUUCAAGAGCACAGUGGUCUGCAUCAUUGGGAAAUUGAAAAAAUAUGGAACUACCCAGACUCUGUCUAGAGCUGUCCGUCAGACCAAACUGAGCAACCGGUCAAGGGAAGGGAGGUGACCAAGAACCCAAUGACCACUCUGACAGGACUACAGAGUUCCUUGUCUGAGAUGGGAGAACCUGCCAGAAAAACAACAGACUCUACAUUACUUCACCAAUCUGGAAUUUAUGGGAGAGUGGCCAGACGGAAUUUGAAGAUUCCUUUUCACCGCCACUCCCCAUCUACCUUAACAGAGCUUGAGAAAAUCUGCAAGGAUGGGAGAAAAUUUGAGAAAAUCCCCAAAUACAGAUGUGCAAAGCUGAUACAGACAUACCCAAGACAACUCAAAGCUGUAAUUGCUGCCAAAGGUGCUUCUACAAAGUAUUGCCACAGGGGUGUGAAUACUUAUGUAAAUUAUAUAUUUCUGUAUUUCAUUUUUAAUACAUUUCUUUUAAAUCUAAAAACAUGUUUUCAUCUUUUCAUUAUGUAGAUUGCUGAGGAAAAACAAUAAUUUCAUCAAUUUUGAAUUCAGGUUGUAACACAACAAAAUGUUGGAUAAGUCAAGGGGUAUGAAUACUUUCUGAAAGCACUGUAUGCCAUUCAAAUAUAUUUAGUCUUUGUUUGGGUUGGUUGAAAAUAGAUUUUUCAAUGCCUUUUUAGGAUCCAGAAAAAUGUCUACAACUGGCUGUAAUCUGGUUAUUUUACUAUAUAACAACCAAAAUAUGGCUUCUUGAUGACAUCAAGAAAAAGGUGUCUUUAACUGCUUGUAAUCUGCUUAUUUGCUGACUCCUCAACUAGAAAACAAAUGUAUAACCAGAAAACAGCAUCUUCAUGACGUCAGAUUCAUGACGUCAGAAGGCACAUCUUCUUAGGGAUUGCCCCUUUUUUUUUCAAUUUCUGCCUAAAAUGACAUACCAAAUCUACUUGCCUGUAGCUCAGGGUACCUGUAGCAAGGAUACGCAUAUUCUUGGUACCAUUUGAAAGGAAACACUUUGAAGUUUGUGGAAAUGUGAAUUGAAUGUAGGAGAAUAUAACACAAUAGGUCUGGUAGAAGAAAAUACAAAGAAAAAAAACAACCGUUUUUUUUCUACCACCAUCUUUGAAAUGCAAGAGAAAGGUCCCACUGGUUGUAAUUCCGAUGGUGUCCACAAGUUGGCAGCAGUGUAUGUGCAAAGUUUCCGAUGGAUAACUUGAAGUAUGAGCGAACUACAUGACAUUUAGUGUGAAGUCACCCAGGUACAUUUGGGCAAAUCGUGAAGGAGACAUUUGCAUUCAUAUUACAUUUUUCUGCAAGAAUAUCGUCAAAUCUGUAUACUUGGACUUUGAUUUAGCUUUACCAGUAUUAGUAGCCAUAGUAUAACUUCAACAUUUACAAAACAACCAGUUUUCAUAACUUCAUAACUCUGAAUAUUCUUAUAAUUUUUGUCCAAAAGGAAAAGGCAUGCUGUUGCACAAGGUUAAUAGCUACAUUUUACGACAGAAACAUGGUUUCUGGAUACUCCCAUAAAGCCCAGCUCAUUGGCUAUCUAGCUGGCUUUGUUUGACCCCGAUUGGUGCUUAUUUGGCAAAUUUAGAGUCGUUCAAGUGAAGACCGCCCGCGUCAUCAGCGUGCCAUGAAGGUGUUGCUCUCUGACCAAAUAUGGUGUUUUAUAGGAUAUACUACACCCCUAAGGAUAUAGUGAAGUCUGGUUACGUUUUAGGAUCUCUGACGAAUUCAUACGAACGUGAUUUGACUGGUUGAAACAAUGUUUAGGGUUAGAGUUUCACAGAUUCCUUUCUUUGCAAAUUAAACAAGUGGAAAAACAAAAUUGAUCGUGCAUGCUAUAUGGACCUUUUUAGGAUAUGAAAAAUGAUUUUAUCUAACAAAACAACACUUCAUGUUAUCUCUGGGACCCUUUGGAUGAUAAAUCAGAGCAAGAUUUCAGAAUGUAAGUACACAUUUCACCUUCAGAGUUGAAUUUAUCAAAUCUAUCGUGGUGAAAAAAGUGUUUUGUUGUUAGGAGCUCUCCUCAAACAAUAGCAUGGCAUUUUUUCGCAGUAAUAGCUACUGUAAAUUGGACAGUGCAGUAAUAUUAACAAGAAUUUAAGCUUUCAGCCGAUAUAAGACACUUACAUGUACCGACAUUUGUUGUUUCUAUAAAAUCUGCGAUCGUGACACAAGGCGCUGCAUGAUUUACAACUGUCCCGCUGACGGGACGCUGAUCCCUAAGAAGUGUCUGUGGUGAUAUCUGGAUUACAAAUAAGUGAUUUACUGAAUAGUCUUUAUGCUGAAGAGGUCAAACAAUGAGACGUUGUUUAAAACAUCAUGAGAUGCUACUUAUAUUUUUGAAGGAUUUUAAAAGCAUUUCAUUAAGGUUCAUUGAAACUUUUUUUGAUUGAAUCACUUCAGAUUGAUUUUAAGACUGAUUUUAAGACUGUCUGUUUUUUUUAUCAUUCUACCACUGAUUCGUCUAAUUUUCUUAAUAAAGUUUAUUAAUUGGAAAUUGACUACAA